ACUGCUCAUCCCUUUUUCCAUCUCUACAGUAUCGCCUCCAACCACAAUGAAGGGCAAGGAAAUCAGAAUUGUCACGCUUUUGGUGAUUGACACGUUUUUCUUCUUCCUCGAAGCCAUCAUCGGCUACAGCGUCAACUCGCUUGCGCUCAUUGCGGACUCGUUCCACAUGCUCAACGACAUCAUUUCGCUCAUUAUUGCUCUCUGGGCCGUCAAUGUCUCAAAGUCCCGCGGGCCUGAUGCCAAGUACACGUACGGAUGGCAACGUGCGGAGAUCUUGGGCGCGCUCAUGAACGCCGUCUUUCUUCUUGCCUUGUGUUUCACGAUUUUCAUUGAGGUGAUCCAGAGAUUCAUCUCGCCGCCAGAGAUCACCAACCCAAAAUUGAUUCUCGUGGUCGGGACCGCUGGGUUAAUCUCCAACAUUGUUGGGUUGUUUUUGUUCCACGACUCUGGCCAUUCGCACUCUCACGGCGGCCUUUCCGGAGGUCACUCGCACGGCCACGACGCCGAAAGCCUCGAAUCGCCCGAUGGCUCUAGCGUUGCCGAUAUCAUGCCCCAGGCAGUGGUCGCCAAGGUGUUGGACGAGCAUUCGGCGUUGUUGAGCGAACAUGAACAUGGUCACAGCCACUCCCAUGGCAGCUCUCACGACUCUGAACCCGCCCCUGCCAAGCCAAAGAAGAAGAAGUCUUUGAAUAUGGAGGGGGUGUUCCUCCAUGUGUUGGGGGACGCAUUGGGUAACGUCGGGGUGAUUGUCACCGCCAUCUUCAUCUGGAAGACCGACUAUACCUGGAAGUUCUACUCGGACCCGCUUGUAUCGCUCUUUAUCACCAUCAUCAUCUUCUCGUCCGCCUUACCGUUGUGCAAGGCCACCUCCCGCAUCUUGUUGCAAGCAUCGCCAUCGCACAUCUCUGCCGACAAGAUCAUUGAGCGUAUUUUGCGCAUCGACGGUAUCGUCUCCGUGCAUGACUUCCACUUGUGGAUGUUGAACGAAUCCAAGACUAUUGCUUCGUUACACGUGGAGCUUGAGUCCGGCAACGCCUACUCGUCGCCGGCCAGCUUCAUGGAUAUCACCAAGCAGAUCAGAACGUUGUUGCAUGAAUACGGCAUCCACACAGCGACCGUCCAACCGGAGUACAACGACGCCUUGGUGCAGCAGGUUAUCGGCAUUAGCUCGAACCCUUCGCGUGAAAACUCAACGUCCAACCUCGGCGUAUACGGUAGCACUAACCAAGAAAGUUGCUUCAUCGAUAACGCCGCCGGUUGUGAUCCCCGCAGCUGUAUCCCGGAAUAAGUGCAUCCACCGCAAAGCGAGAGGGCUGAAAGAACUGUGUGUAAUCUGAUACUAGAUUGUUACGUAUGUGCCCUUUUGUCUAAUUUCUUGUAAGCCUUAACGUUGUGUAGUUACCACAAGGCUAUUCAGCCUACUAGUAUAUGGGAGGUUUCACCAAAAAAAAUCUGAAUAAAUAAAGUCAGAUAGUUUCGAG